AGCACGCAUCAAUGUCCCUCGCCGCUGCCUCCAACACGACCUCCAUCAGUCCCAGCAAUCACCACUCCCUCGCCGACGUCGCAGCCGCUGCGACAAUGGCAGUCUAGGGUGGAUGGGUCACGCGAGCAAACACGCCCGAUGGCCUCCUCAUCUCUGAGCAGAUAGAGCAGCAGUCCUGCUAUAGCUGAACGUCGCCGAAAACUACCUCCUCCUACCGAGCUACUCCUCACCUUCCAGAGCGGAAACUCGCCCUCACACACGUGACCGAAUCGACGGCCAAACCAACCCCGAGCUAUCACUAUACUACCUGACUCCUCUAUUGUCUCUGUCAGACGUGACACACAUAUCGAUUGUAGGAUAAUCAGCCUGGGACAAUUCGGAUCAUCAAGGCUGCAACAUGGUCAAGAGUCGUAAAGGGGGGCCUUCGGUGGCCUCGAGUAGUGCCAUAUCCUCUGCCAUGUCGUCUCGUAUGACUUCUGCGGCACCGUCACGAGCAACAUCGCCCGGACCGGCCAAGAAGCCUUUCCGCUUCUUCGACCUGCCUGCGGAGUUGAGAGUCAGGGUCUACGAGCAUGUCUUGUGCACGAAGAAGACGCUGGACUUGGAUCCGCUCAAUUAUCGCAUCGUUCUGCCCCGCCUCACCCUCUUUCUGGUCUCGCGCCGUGUCUACAACGAAGCCUACCCCGUCUUCUACGGACAGACCAUUCGUCUCUUCCCGCAUCCCUAUCACGGCAAGUUCUUCAACACGAAGAAGCCCCUGAUUCAACGCUUGCCCGUGAAGUAUCGUCAGGCAAUCAACAGCGUCGAGCUCUUACUCGGGCCGGGAUGGCACAAGCCACCGCGAUGUCACAACGUGCUGCCGGCACUGGGCUUGCGAGACUGCACGAGUCUCCGCACGAUCAAGAUGUGGGUCGACUGUGAUCCUACCGACAAUGUGUUCAAUGGCUUCCGAGGUCCGAAUGCAACAGAGGAUACAUAUGUCUGGUUCUGCUGCGACAUGCUCCACGGCAUCCUGGAGCAGGUGCCGAGCAUGGAGCUCGUGGAGAUUGACCACGACAACAGAGUGAAGAAGGAAUCUCCGCUGACGGCGGCCUUGCAGAGAAAGACAGAGGAGUUUCAGAAGCGAUUCCGAUGGGGCCCUGUCCGAAGUGCAAGUGCCAUCAAGGACAAGGAGAGCAUGGAUGUCACGACGGGGCUGGAGAAGGCGAUGACGAGCAUGGGCAUAUCGAGGUUGAAUGACGAGGCGUCGAGGGCCGUGACUGUGGUGGCAUAGGAUGCCCUUCACAAGGGGCUCGGCGCCAGGAAGGUUUGAUUGAAAGUGACGUUUUUUUUUUCAUUCUACCUCCUACCUCCUAGGAGGUAGCAGAAGUUGAACUGUAUCUUUGUCCCUUUUAGCGUUUACACAC